UUCCAGGGCUUGUUUCCUUUAUCUCACCCUAACCACUUAAACCUUCCUUGGAAAGGGGUUAUAGGAGGGUUGGGAGCGUCCGCCCGCUCCCAACGCCCUAUUGCCCAUCUUUGUCUACAUGCUCAGAGCGAAUAGGAGACAACCAGAACCACCUCCGCGCCGCGGUCUACAAAGCCCGGAGAGUCGAAGGCGGGAGGGGUCGGGCGUUCUCCGGAGGCAGGAGGAUCCCUCACACUCUCAGGCACGCCCAGCUCCCGGAUAAAGCCACCCCCUGCUCCAUGAGGACCCCCAGGCCGGGGCUGAGAGCCCGGAGCAGCCGGCACCGAAAUCUUGCGGCGGCCUUAGAGCGCUAGACAGGUCAGUGCCCAGGCGGGAUGAGGGGCCAAGGUGGAGGCGACCGGCGACACGCUCGCCCGUCCAUCCUGUCCCCCGCGCAGCUUCCCAAAGCCAGCCAGGGGGUCACCUCCGCCGGGACACCCAAUAGAAGGAGCGUGAUUCUGCAUUUUUCCUGACGGGAAGGUGUGGAGCCACCCCUCUGCAGCCCACCCCAGCCCAGGUGAUGCUCGGACUGGGGGAGGGGGGAGGGGCAGGGCGGUCAGCGGCGUAGGGACGUCCCCCGCUCUAAUAAAGCGGUGCUUUUCUACUUAUGCAUUGCCGCGUUGAAGCCACAGCAUCCAAAUGCCUCUCGCAUCAAGAUGCCAGGCCUCGGGUGUGAGAGGAAAACGAGAUGCUGAAAAGGCGAGAAGAAAGGAGACCCGAGACACUUGAGGCCGAGGGAAUGAGGGAAAGGGUACCGGGAAAAUGACUCGCGAUGAAAAUCCUAGUGCGAUGUACGGAGAGCGCCCCUGGGAGCCCUCAAGAGCCUCCGAGGUCGCCGGGGUCAAGGACUCCAGCCCUUACCUUCCCUCCCUCCGUUUCUCACCCUCCCUACCCCCAACCCCAGGAUGCGGCUGGGCCGCCGGGCCCUGUGCGCGCUGGUCCUGCUGCUCGCCUGCGCCUCGCUAGGUCUCCUGUACGCAAGCACCCGAGAGGCGCCGGGCCUCCGGACCCCUCUUGCUCUGUGGGCACCCCCGCACGGCCCCCCCAGGCCCGAGCUGCCAGAUCUUGUCCCGGAGCCCCGCUAUGCACACAUCCCAGUCAGGAUCAAGGAGCAAGUGGUCGGGCUGUUGACUCAGAACAACUGCAGUUGUGAGUCCAGUGGGGGGAGCUUCCCCCUUCCCUUCCAGAGACAGGUCCGAGCCAUUGAUCUCACCAAGGCCUUUGACCCUGAGGAGCUGAGGGCUGCCUCUGCAGAAAGGGAAAGAGAGUUCCAGGCCUUCCUUUCAAGGAGCCAGUCCCCAGCUGACCAGCUGCUCAUAGCCCCUGCCAACUCCCCCCUACAGUAUCCUCUGCAGGGUGUGGAGGUUCAGCCCCUCAGGAGCAUCUUAGUGCCAGGGUUGAGCCUGCAGGCAGCUUCUGGUCAGGAGGUAUACCAGGUGAACCUGACUGCUUCCCUGGGCACCUGGGAUGUGGCAGGGCAAGUGACUGGAGUGACUGUCAUUGGAGAAGGGCAGCCAGAUCUCACCCUUGCCAGCCCAGGGCUGGACCACCUCAACCGGCAGCUACAACUGGUCACUUACAGUAGCGGAAGCUACCAGACCAACACAGCAGACACAGUCCGGUUCUCCACCCAAGGACAUGAGGCUGCCUUCACCAUCCGCAUAAGACAUCCCCUCAACCCCCGACUGUACCCGCCUGGGUCUCUACCUCAGGAAGCAGGCCAGUACAACAUCAGCGCUCUGGUCACCAUUGCCACCAAGACCUUCCUUCGAUAUGAUCGGCUACGGGCACUCAUCGCUAGCAUCCGCCGCUUCUACCCCACGGUCACCGUGGUCAUUGCUGACGACAGUGACAAACCAGAGCGCGUUAUUGGUCCCCACGUGGAGCACUAUCUUAUGCCCUUCGGCAAGGGCUGGUUCGCGGGCCGGAACCUGGCCGUGUCCCAAGUAACCACCAAAUAUGUGUUGUGGGUGGACGACGACUUUGUCUUCACAGCGCGCACGCGGCUGGAGAGACUUGUGGACGUUCUGGAGCGGACGCCGCUGGACCUGGUUGGGGGAGCAGUGCGGGAGAUUUCGGGUUUUGCUACUACUUACCGGCAGCUGCUGAGCGUGGAACAAGGCGCCCCAGGCCUCGGGAACUGCCUCCGGCAAAGGCGUGGCUUCCACCACGAGCUCGUUGGCUUCCCAGGCUGCGUGGUCACCGAUGGCGUCGUCAACUUCUUUCUGGCGCGCACUGACAAGGUGCGAGAGGUCGGCUUCGAUCCGCGCCUGAGCCGCGUAGCACAUCUGGCAUCUGCAAAGGUGACACCACUGAAGUCUAGGACCACAACUCUGACAGGCUCAGCAACUAGGAUGGGAGAAGGCAGGAGUACCAAGAUACCAGCAUGGGUCAUGCCCAAAUCUCCCUCCGUGUCAUCCCAUCUUACCUGUGUCUGGUAAGUUAUCUGGCUUUGGAGAUGCCUAUAAAUAGAGAAGAGUGGCCACCACUACCCCCAAAAUAAGCAUGAAUGUAUACACCUCUUGAGCACAACAACCCACCUCAGAACAUAUCUGCUUCCAAAUCCCAGAAGACUCACUCUGCUCCUUGGCCAAGUUCCUUACCUUGCCUCCUUCUCCAAGCCCCAGAUGCCACUCCAAGAUGCGGCGAAAGUUCCCACGAGUCCCAAAGUAGAGUGGUGUUGGAUAUCUCAAGAUACAGAGACCUGGGACCUGGAGGAGCUAAAAGCGAGAGGGUCAUAGAAACAUCCAGGUCUAAUAUUCUCUUCCUUUUUUGGCCAAAGCCCACUCACCCUAUGGCUCUCUCUGAGUGGCCGGUAGAGUUCUGUUCCCUCAGCCAAUCCAAGUGCUAGGCACUGGACCCUAGGGAAAAAGCUGGGGUCAGAUUUUCAGCCUAACCUGGUCUGACCAGAGAGUUACCCCUCAUACCUGGUCUCUCCCUCUCCUCAUCUCAACUCUGCCCAUCUUUUUGCCUACCUUUGCGUGCGGCAGACCACUGUCAUCAUGGAGAAGAUCACACCCACGGCCAGACCCAGGUCCACAUUCAGUGUCACUACAGCUACCCAUGUGACUAUCCACACAGCCUGUAGGACACAAAUAGGGGUGGACUUCCCAGAAGAAAGACUGAUCCAAUGGCAGUGACUACUAAGGCAAGUGAGGGAAAGGGGGACGCAGAAAAAAGUAGGAAGCAUGGUAGAAGGAAGAGGCAGGACUGACUCACUGAUAUACACCUGGGACCUUGUGCCAGUUGGGAGGUUACAAAUAUUCUGAGGAGUUCAGACCCCACCCUUUAAAUGGUUUUAGGAAGUGUAUGUGGUGGUGGAGGAUGAGUUGAAGGACUUAGGACAGUUAGCAUUGGCCCAUGGUAGAGACUGGGGAUACAGAGGAUGCUGGGAAGAUGGAAGGGGCAAUCUGGGGUAAUGCCACCACUUCUCACAAAGUCCAUGCGACUGAUGUGCCAUAGCUGUGGAAGUUCCUGCAUCUGGAAGAACAUCUGGCGCAUACUGGAGAUGUUGAUGCAAGCCAGGACAGCCUUGGGGCAGAGGAGGUGGGCUGACUGCCACAAUGUCCCGGAAUACACCACCACCCCUGAUAUGGCCAUGCCUCUUCAGCCCCCUACCUUUGGCAGAUAGUAGAAGAAGGGUCCCAGCCACAGCAGCACCAAAAGGACAACUAUACAGGAGAAGAGGCCUGCCAACUAGCGGGAAGGAGGGAUGGAAAAAAGGAAGGCAGGUAGAAGAUUGGUAGAUACCCCAGUAGCAUCCCUCACCCCCAUGAGAGAGCUGGUCUCUCUGCCUGCUCUGCUUCAUCUUCCUCAGAAGUCCCCCUCCUCCCAAACCUCUUUCCACAUGGGUAGACCACACUCCUAACCUCCUACUUGAUAUUCAGCUAUCAACAUCCCUCCCUUUCCCCCAAUUAAAUGUCCAUAAUUCUCCAGACUA